CAUCUUGUCAAUGUCAAAUGUCUGUCGCCUAACGUCGACCGGGCCCAUAGAAUAGAAUAGAACCAAUAUACAGAUAGACUACUUGUGUUGAACUUGAAGUAUUGUUUUGGUAAUGUUUUGGUUAGUUCCAGCAAAUUUACGGUCAGAAACAGUAUUCUGAUUUGAUUGCUUUCUUAUAAAAAUGGAAUUAAUUUGUUCAAUGAGAAGAAAACCUCUGAAAUGUGAACCUCCACAUUUUGAUGGAAAUACAGACUCUGAUGUAGAAAGGCCCAUAUGUACAAUUUCAAUAUGCAACAUUAUAGCGUUCACAUCAAUGACCGAGCUGACUGAUACAGACGGAGACACAUGGGGAGGCCAUGUGUAUGUGUGUGACCUCAACACACCCUGGAACAGUUACAAAGUUACCAGCACUGUGCACCCAGUAUCCACUAUAGAAUGGGAUGGGGAAGGAAAACACCUUCUUGUUGCAACAAGUGUUGGAGACGUGUCCGUGUUCUGUCAGAAGGAUUACUUGCUGAAUGAUUGGAGCUGCCUCUAUACUGCCAGCUUCCCAGGUGAACGAAUAGUGAAAGCAAUAUUCUUCCAUAAUGGCAGACGCGUGGUGCCGUUAGAAAAAAAGCCAGACAUCCCCAUUGCAGAAAGACUGCAGGUGCUGAGACUUACACCCACACUCAAGGGAUUUGGUGGCGUGGCCUGCGAGGGGGCGUGUGUAAUAACGGGGACGGGGCUGCUGGGAGCACUGGCCGCGGGGCCGAGGGCGGGGGACGCGGCCUCCGUCGUCACCGAGUGUCUGCGAGCCAACCGCGACCACGUGACCGCUGCACAUUUCGCGCACAAGAAUGGUAACAUACUGGUGGCGGCGUCGUGUGUGCGAGCAGGACGGCGGGUGUUGCGCACGGCGGCCAUCUCCGUGAGCCGCGCACCGCUCGCGCUCAAAGUGACGGCGCUCCCGACGCUCUACCUGCCGGAGGAUAAUGUGCAUCUACCCGUGGCCCUGAGCUGGAGUCUGCGCGACGAAGGGGAGUUCCUGGUGGUAGGCGGUGCGGGCGCGGGGGCCUCCCUCUGGAAGCUCACGGAGCGGCCGCACGCGGUGCACAAGCUGUUCUCUAAAGGAUCGCAGGGUAACAGCACGCCGGGGGGCGGGGCCAAGGCGGGCGAAUGUUUCAACACAUUGAGCUGGCAGCAGAUGGCCGGGUGGUCGCUGGAGGGCGGCGCGGGGGUUACGUGCGUGGCCGCGUGCCGCUCCCCGAGCGUGCCGCACCCCGCGCUGUGUUCAAUGAUAAACAAACCGAACGGUUAA